AAUUCAAGGGUCUGUAUGGAUUCAGCUUUAACAUAUCCACUGCACCACUAAGCAUAAAUUCUCUCUCUCUAUUGAAAUGUGGCACAGUGAGCAGAUGGUUCAGACACAUGGAGGAGACAUUUAGUGUCUGAAUCUUCACACAUGUUUGAUUCUCAGUUUUGUCUAUAAAUUAAGACUUCACCACCAAGAGUGUUUCAGACCAACUUCCUUUAAGAUGAGUUAUACAACUGCUUCCAUUGGUUCUGGUAGUAGAACGGCUAGGAGAACGGUCGAGUUUGGUCGGACGUAUGUGGUGAGGCCAAAAGGGAAGCAUCAAGCAACUGUGGUUUGGUUGCACGGUCUUGGUGAUAACGGCUCGAGUUGGUCUCAACUACUGGACAACCUUCCCCUGCCAAAUAUUAAAUGGAUAUGCCCAACCGCUCCUACUCGCCCCGUGACUGUGCUUGGUGGAUUUCCUUGCACUGCAUGGUUUGAUGAAGGAGAGCUCUCAGAAGACGGUCCAAAUGAUGUCAAAGGUUUAGAUGCUUCGGUAUCGCACAUAGCAAACUUGUUAUCUACAGAGCCUUCUGAUGUUGCACUUGGUAUUGGGGGAUUUAGUAUGGGUGCUGCAUGUGCUCUUUACUCUGCAACUUGUUUCGCUCAGGGAAGAUUUGGAAACGGUAGCCCUUUUCCGGUUAACUUGAAGGCUAUCGUCGGAUUGAGCGGCUGGCUUCCGGGUGCAAGGAAUUUGAGAAAUAUGGUAGCAGGAUCACAAGACGGUGCUAGGCGUGCUGCCUCAUUGCCCAUUUUGCUAUGUCAUGGACUAUGUGACGAAGUUGUCCCAUACAAAUUCGGAGAGAGGUCCUCUCAGAUCUUGAGCUCGGCUGGAUUCAGAUACGUUGCAUUUAAAACAUACGAAGGCAUCGGACACUACACGGUCCCUAAAGAAAUGGAAGAGGUAUGUCAAUGGCUAAAUGCAAGGCUUGGAGCCUGAGUGAUUGCCAUGGAUGACAUUAAUGGUUUAUUGCACGUAGUUCAAUGAACAGUCGGGUGAACGGUAGUCAAAGGAAAGAUGGUCAUUUUGUGGUUUUGGGAUAAAUCAGUAGGAAUUGAUGGGGGGUAUGAAUGGUAUUGUAAUUGAGCUUCUUGAUGUAAAAUAAUGAUUUUGGAAGAGUUUGUUUUUCUGAUUGCGUUUG